CUCACAUUUUACUCAGGCAGAAGAGAGACGCCGGUAGAUCCGAAACUAUUUCCCGCGAGAUGGACGUUUAGCAGAACUACAAGCGAAAACUACAUUUUGUUAAGCUAGCUGUUACACUUCCACUACAUAACUUUGUUUCUAGCUGUAUUUACAGAUAAGUGAAUCGACGUUAGCUAUGUAUGCUUUAUUGUAAGUAUAUAGCUGUAAAGUUUCAGUGCAUCCUGAAUUAUCAUUAGUUAACACACACACACACACGUUAGUACCAUGGACAGAGAGUGUGCGUUGCUGCUGCCCGGUGUAUGUGCGGUGCUGUCGGGCUCAGGGAGCUCUCUGCCCGAUGACACCAGCCUGGAGAAACUGCUGGACUGGUUCACAGGGAUUACAGAGGCUGGGGGAUCACUGCUGGAGGCCUGCCCAUGUCUGCUUAAAUUGAUAUCCACUGUGGUUCACAACGCUGCUUCAGACCCCGGUGUCCUCUCCUUCGCUCUCAGACUCACCGGCUUAUUGGCUGCCACUGAGGAAAGCUUCGAAACCAUUCAGGAACACUCUGUUCUGAACGAGGUCUUCAACCUUCAGCACUGGCAGGAAGCAGGACUCUGGGAGGAUCCGUGUUUAAGGAUCGGCUGGAUUCAGGGCUUGAGGAGCAUGCUGCAGCACCCGAAGGCUCUCAGCUUCUUUGUACAAUCAGAAUUCAUUGACCCGCUUCUACAACUCCAGACCGACACAAGUCUAUUUAUUGCCGCAGCUGCCAAUCAGAUGCUCGCCCACAUCCUGCUCUUCUUUCAGCCAGUCCCGCCUGCAGGAUGUAAAGGCGUGGAUACAAAAGAAAAAGAUGAUGGGAUGACGCCAAGCAGCACAGACUAUACUGCUGUUGUAAAGUCGAUCUCUGGGUACCUCAAGGAGUCUCUGGUUCCCAAAGAAAGCAAAAAUGUCCGUCAGAGUCUGCAGACCCUCAAACUGCUGGCCCUGCUCCUGGCCCAGGCCGGACCUCCUCUGCGGGACAAGCUGCUGCAGACAGUCGGAGACUCCCUAGAGGAACUGGUGACAGCCGGCAGCAGUGAGCUCACACUGCCUCUGAUGGACGUCAUUCUGUCUGCAUGCAGCAGCUCCGGCACUGAUGAACGUAUCACCCGUCUUCUAUCGUCCAUGUUGAACAUUAACAAACCCGCUGACCUCAUACAUGCUGCAGCUGCUUUUCUUCGCAGAGGUCAACAUGAUACUGUCCACACAGCCCGGGCCGUGAGAAUACUACUGCUCCCCCUCGACAUUAUGACUGGUCAGACUCUACUGGGCACAAUAAGCACUGCAGACGAGCAUCAGUUUUCAGUGGUGGAACAACUAAAGAGCAAAUCCUCCUGCAUCUCUAUAAUCUGUGUCUGCCUGAGCAACACACCACAGAUCACACUCACGCCUCCUGACGUCCUACCCUGUCUUCCAGUUUCAAUUGUCACUGCAGUUCUGUCCUUGUUAAAGAUUUGCAGUGGCAACUCACCCUCCUCUUCCACUGGUUGCAGUGAGGUUAGCAGGAAUGUAAUCGGCAGUGGCAAAGUUCAGAAAUGUGCUCUAGAGGCUCUGACGACUCUCACCAGCAGCCCAGGGGCGAAAGAGAGGAUCAGCGAAGUGUUCACCGUUCUGAUUCAAUAUUUGGAAAACCCUGAUUCUGACCCCACUGUACUCCACAAGUCCUACCAGGCCUUAUUAAAGUGGACAAGUGUGUGCACGGACUUCUCCUUUAUAACAGACCAGCUCAGACACGAUCUGGUGGAGGUAGUGAAGAAGCGUGUGUGUGACAUGCGUUGGGAGGUGAAGGACUCGACGGUGGAGUUUCUGGGACACCUGGCAGGCGUGUGUGACUCCAUUAAAGCAGCAGCAGAGGAGUGUGACGCAUCUGAGGCUCUGCUGGGCGGCUGCUUUACCACUCCCCUGCUGAGGGAGGCGCUGCAGGACUCAGAGAGUUACGUGAGGGCCAGCGCCAUCUCUGCACUGGCAAAGACUCUUACACACCGCUGGCAGCAGGGGGCGACACUCACUGAGGAGGAGCCUGAAAUAGUGAGCCGGUUGCUUGAAAUCCUCUCCCAGGACUCAGAGGGAUUCCCCAGGAGGGCUGUAGUACAAUACUUCAUCUCAUGGUACUCUUCACACUCUCCUCCAUCUUCCUCCUCCUCUCUCCUGAUGCAGAGUGUGCGCUCCGUCCUCUCACAAGGCAGGGCAGAUCUGGACUGGGAGGUCAAAGUUCACACGCUGGUGCUGGCUGAGCUGCUGUUGGACGAAGCCUUUUCAGGUCACCCAGGUUACAAAAAGGGCUCAGACUCCCACCAUGCCCCGCCACACGCUUAUGGUGUAGUUUCUGAGCAGGCCUACACACUUCACACACACACUGCCACACACACAGAGGGCGCUGAGUCAGAUUUGGCCGUUGUGGUGGAGCAGGGAGUCGUCUCAGUGCUGUUGAGUGGGCUGGUUGACUGCGAUAGACCUGUAGCUCUGAAGGCCUGUCGCCUGCUGAUAACACUCAGAGAGACAGUCUGUCCUCUGUCGCUAGGGGCACUGGAUGCAUCAGCUGCCAUGGCAACAGUAUCCUGUGAACUGCCAGGCUGUGGCUGGGGGCGAGAGAUUAUAAAGAUCCUGAAGAUGAAGAAGAGCGAUCAGGCCAAAGAGGAGGACAUCGCUGAUCAGAGAGGUCUCAACGGAGCAGAGGAGGGAGCUGACAGUGUGUGUGUGAGUGUGUGUGAGGCGUUGAGGUCUCUGGGAUUGGACGAGAGGAUGGAAGUCCUGACUCAAAGCAGCGACCACAUCCACAACUCCCCCCUCUCUCUGCUGCAGGACAUACUGACGGCCAGUGCCACUCACACAAAACCAGGGGAAGAGGUCAUAGUAGACUGCUACUAACACACACACACACACACACACACACACACACACACACACACACACACACACACACACACACACACACACACACACACACACACACACACACACACACACACACACACACACACACUGCCUUAAGUUGUGUUGUUAUCAAUUAUGAUCUACACAAUAGUUUGGAUUGUUUAAGGUGGGGUUUUAGGAUCUGCAGUCGAUAGAUGGUGAUCAGCACACCCUGGUACUGUUUAUUGUAUUACUCACCUAUAAAGAUCAAUAGCAGUGACUUUGGUUGGUUUGGAAUCUCAAAGGUCACACAGUAACACAAACUAACUAAUCAUCCCCUGCGUUGUGCAGAGUAAAAUUACUGUUUGUGUCAAAGUAGUCUUUGGGCUUUGAAGAGAGCUUAGAUAACAUCUUCAGGUCUCCUCAUGAAAUAACUGUCUGACAGCAAGGUAAUGGGAUGAAACUAAUCCAAACAUAGCGUGCACUUCAACUGAUUCGUUUUCUAGGUGGUUCAAAUCAGUUUUGCUGCUGCCCCAGUCCACAACAGUAAAUUGCUUUGCCGACCAUCACCUACUAAAACCCCUCUGCAAACAAUCCAAAGAUACCCCUCAAACUCAGGGUACAUUUGUCAGUGAUGAUGUUGUGAUAUGUUGGUUUCAUUAGAAAAAUAGUGAUUUCCCUUAUUUUAAUUACUGUAUUGUUAUAUGUAUCCUGUUUCUAUAGUGAUGUGAGGCUGAGCAAUUUAAAUGUGUUCACGUUUGGGAAUUCCACAAACAAUUGCAAUGACCAAUAUAUCCAUUUGAUUCAAUAAAAAGCAGUUUGUAUUUGA